AUGGCCGCUGUUCGAACUCGGCCGUACAGGCGAAUCUUGACCUCGGCCUUGCACCGAAGAUUUGUCCAUGCGUCUGCACUUUCACUACUAGUCUGCUAUCUUGUUGCGAUUCUCAUUGGGAAUAAAUCAUCCUGGCUUUGGCUAUGGUUUCCCAUUGGCACUUGCGGUAUUCGAACCGCCAUGCUCUUCCUUUCCUGCCUCACCGUCUUCGUCCUUCGCGUCAGUCAAAUGCACCUCGGUUCGAGAACGUCUGCCUCGUCAUUUGGCAUUUUUAAGCAAUUCACUUUCUUUCAAAUCGCGCAAACAUUUGGCUGGUACAUCUUCUCGGCCUGGUGGUUCACCCAGAUUUAUAUCUGGUCGUCUUCGGCGGGUAAUGAUCUCCAGCUCGUGAAACGGGGGAGGGUACCCGAGCGAGUGACUAUGAACGAAAGACCAAUUUACCUUCAUUUCUACCACUUCACCCUCGCAUGUGUACAGGCAGCGUGGCACCUGUACUCCGACUACGACCGUGUCCCUUUGCCCAUCGCGGACCGAAGUUCCAGAACAGACGACCAGCGCAUUCACCCGGUACAACAAACGUCGAAGUAUCUCCAGAGAACUUGGAUGCAAACAUUGCAAGAUGGGGGUAUCAGGAGUACGUUCGUCGCAGGUGCUACUGUUCCUGUGUACCUCGUCUUUUUCCGCCAGACUGUGUGGAGCUGGUUUUUCGCCUUCGCCCGGACUUAUGCGGACUUCCCAAGGUCUGCAGCCGAUGUCAGGGGCUUCUUUCCUCCAGAUCCCAUCACCACGUUCCUCCGGACAGUGUACACGGGAGCGCUGCUUGUUAUUCUCUGGGAAACCACCAACCUCUCUUUCUCGGUGUUCAUCGGCAAGGAGCCUCUGAAGCGGGGCCAGCCACUCACGACAGACGCCAAAGAUCCCAAUGGCAGCCUUCUCAACGGUCUCAACGCAAAGAAGGAGAUUGUGAGGACUUUCGCACUCUGGGAGCUCGGGUUGAUCAGCCAGCGCAACCCCGAGCGGCGCAAGACUAUUUUCAGUGAACUUGAUCGCGAGAAGGGCUCGACUUGGAGUCAGGUUCUGGUUAGUCUCACUGAUGUCAUCAAGGGUGUUACCGUCCGAAUCGAGCAAAUUACGAAGCCCGCUCCCGUUGCCCGAGCAUCACCGCAAGCCAAGCCAUCGGAUCCUGUUCUUCAAACUCUCCCGCGUCUCACCGAGCCCCUAAAAGACCAGAACGUCUUUUCUGCUGUCCCAAAGGCUACUUCCCGACAGGACAAAUUCGGCGAUGCGUUCAGUUCAACUGCGAAGUCUUUUGGUCAAUCCGAAGACUGGACUCCAACUGCACGUGCUCGAAUGCGUGAUGCUUUUAGCCAAGCAUCCUCGGCCGUGUUGAGCCCCGAGCGGAAACAGAGACUGCUCGGUUCUUCUGAGAAGAUAAAGCUUUUGACCGGCGGUCCCUCUACUACCCACAAACCCGAGGACAUCAACCAGUUACUUGCACAAUUCCUUCGUUCGCCUAUUGGUAGACCAUUCCAACAGACCUACGCCAAACGUCUAUCCUCGAUUGUUCUCGGUGCCCCGGUGUCUUCCUUGUCUCCUAUUGUUGAUGCGGUGGAGUCGUUGACUAGGCUCCUGACUGCCAGUUUGGCUGAAGACCCGUAUGGCAAAGUCCAGGCCGACAUACCCCCUACAGUGCGUCUUCUUACUGACACCAUUCUUACUCUGGACGCAUUUAUCCACCAGGGUGGUUUGGAUGCUCACUGGACAGAUGUCGACUUCCCCUCCUCUAGCGAGCCUACAGCGCAGGCUAAAGCUCGCCAGGUCCCUGAGGUGGAGCUCGUGCUUGACACACUCCGGGGUAGUCUCAAGGACCUAUUGGCAGCCUUCAAGCCUUACUUGCGGGAUAUUGGUGUCGUGGGCAAGGAUUUGAGGCUGGCAAAGGAGGCAGCUGCCAUUGACGCGGAGGAUUCAUUAUGA